AUGCGCGAUUCAUACGGAGCACCCUCUAACCAUCUUCCCAUCCCAAGCUCACCACCAUUUUCAUCUCCGCAAGCACCCCCAUCUACGACCAUCGCCAUCAUGUCUCAAUUCCGCGCGAAGAAGCUCGAUAUCGGCGGCUACGUUAACAUUCGCAAUAUCCGCGAUCACACCAAACGGAAGGUGUUUGCCGAGAACGAACCGGAGCGAAAUGCGCUCCGAUACAUCAUUCGCAAUACUACGCUCCCGCAGCGUGUCCGCGCACAGGCACAACUCGAGCUAUCUAAAAUGCACUGCUACACGAGGUUCACACAGGUCAAGAACAGGUGCAUAAUGGGAGGAAGGGGACGUGGUAUUUUUAGCGACUUCCGGAUGGGCAGAUUUCAAUUCCGAUUGAACGCGCUGGCAGGAAACCUACCAGGUGUUAAGAAGGCAAGCUGGUAG